CGAUGAUAGAAGAAGAGGGACAACAAGCAAAGAGCUAAUUGGAACAGCAAUUGAUAGAAGCAAUUCUAGACUCACUACAGAAUCAUAUGGACCAGAAUGCCAUCUUUUUGGGUAAAGAGUGUUGAGUUCAAAUUUCAAUAGCUGAGAGAUUGGUGUACGAACGAGAUACAGAGGAGCACAGAUCACUAUUGGCAGAAUGCUAUUUGCAUGAGAACCAGCCUUAUAAGGCAUGUCAUAUAUUGAAGGAAUGCAAGUCAGAGUUUAAUCGGUAUAUCGAAAUGUUUAAUAGAAACGCAGUUAUCAACUGGCUGUUGCAUGGUUCAGGAGUAAAAAGUACAAGGAAGCUGAGAUGGCAUUAAUUGGACCUUCCUUUAGCAAUCAAUUCGCGAUACAGUCAACAACUGUGCCAAAUGGAGGUUUUGGCCACCUCUUAUUGGGAUAGAUUCAUGAACAAAUGCAUAGACUAGAAGAUGCCAAAAUCCAAUAUUAUAAGGCUUUGGAUUAGAAUCCAACUCUUUGGAUGGCCUUUGAAAGGUUGUCCAAGAUUGGCGAACCAGUUGCAAUCAAUAAAGUGUUUAUUGAACAAAAAUAAAGACAAUAUGAGACAAGCAGAUAAUAGAGUUGUAACAUUUACAAAAUAAUUGCUAACUUACUUAAAAGCAAAUCAAAUAUUGGUAAAUCAGGUUCAAAAGAAGUUGAAGAUGUUAAAGAAGAAUCUCUAAUUACUGAUAAUGUAAUUUAAAAUUAAAUAAUAAGCAAUUGGCAAAUAAGAGAUAAACCCAAGGAGUGAAACCAUUCUCAACAACUGGAGUGUAGGCUUAAAUAAUGCAUAUGGAUGACUCAUCAAAUAGUUAAAUGAAGUUUUCCUGUAAGUUUAGUAUGAUAAUAUUUUAAGAGCCUUAAUAAAAGAAGGUGGGGGCCAAGAUGAUCCCAACUCCUGGCAUUGGAUUAUAAAAUUAUCAAUCUCUACUAAGUCAACCAUUCCAGUUGUCAUAAAAUUCAAAUAAGAAUUACAAUGCAAAAAAGAGCGACAUCCAGAAAGUCAGUAGUGUUGCUCUUUCAUCUUCGUCUAGUUUAAUGAAGUAUUGAAAUUAUUCUAGUGGAAGCUUACCUCAACUCUUAAAAUUAUUUGCUCAUCCAUAUCAAUUGUGGACUAAUUAUUCUGUGGAAGCAAUAGCCAAUUUUUAGAAACUGCCUCCUCAGCAUUACAGAUCAGGAUGGGUUUUAGAGAAGGUCGCUAGAAGCUUUAUGGAUUAAGUCAAAUAUACAGACGCAGAAAGAGUUUGGAAGGAGUUGAGACAAAUUGAACCCACUCGAUUGGAGGGUAUGGAUUACUACUCAUCUUGUUUAUGGCAUUUGAAGAAAUAAUCAGAAUUAACAUAUUUAGCACACUCUUGUUUACAAAUCUCUACAUAAGCACCUGAAACAUGGAUUGCAAUUGGAAAUUGUUUUAGCUUGACCAAAGAAAUAGACAAUUCAAUCAAAUUCUUCGGCAGAGCCAUUCAAUUGAGGAAAGAUUACUCUUAUGCUUACACUUUGUCUGGACAUGAAUUUUCACAAAAUGAGAACUUUUAAUAGGCCAAAAAAUCAUAUGAGGCCGCAACCUCAUUAGACUAGAGACAAUACAAUGCUUGGUGGGGUUAGGGUAAUAUGUAUUACAAGACCGAUAAAUAUGAGGAUGCCAUCAAAUGCUUCAUUUAAGCCAUCAGAAUAAAUCCCAAUAACCCUGUUCUACCUACAUUUUUAGCUAUGAGCUAUGCAGCCAAGGGUGAACACAAUGAUGCUUUAAAGUAUUUUGAAUAGAGUGAGAGAUUAGAUCCCAUGAAUGGACUCAACAAAUACUAGAAAGUACAUAAUUGUUUUGAUCGAAUUAGGCAAAUUCAUUAAUUAAAAUGGAUAAGUACGAAUAAGCUUUGAGUGAAUUGCAGACUUUGAGUUAAUUUAUUCCCAAAGAAGCUGCCAUCUAUAUUCUUAUGGGUCGGAUAUUAAAAAAGUUGAAUAAGAUCCAAGAAGCAUAAAAGUAACAUUAAAUUUUAAGCUUUUAGUUGUUUCAAUAUAGCCAUGUCACUUGAUAUGAAAGAUUAGGCUAAGAUUAAAGGGCUGAUGGAAAGUCUGAGCAAUCCCAACAGUGAAUUCAACGAUGAUUUUGAUUUAUGA